AUGGGGGUGCCUGUGGGGGGAAAGAAAGUGGGACUAGGAAAUAUGAAAGGCGUGACCGAACAACAACAAACAUCAGCAGGGCGGUCGUUCUCUCCGCAACCGCGUGUGCAGACCCAUCACACAGUCCUUGCUCCGAAUUCAUCAGUGCGUGCCCCUGGAUCCCGGAGUGGCGCAACGAAAAAGGUACCACUAUCCUCAGCUCCGAACAACGUGUCUGGAGGUGCAAAGCCGCUGAAGACCACGCCGCGCCCCGGUAGCCAGGGGCGCAAGGCAAAUUUGCAGACCCCGACGACUGCCGCAUCAACGAAUUCAGGAACAACUGGCUCGAUGAAGAACAGGAGAAAAGAUGCUACACCAUUGUCGAACGCAAGCGGUAAAACACUGGUGGAAGCGGCAGCACAAGUAGGUCGUAACGACCAAGCAGCAUCAGCGCUGCAAUUCGGGG